AUGUCGUCCGCGCGGCUGAAGGCCGGGAAGCGCAUGUCCGAGGUGUGCCGAGGGCGCGACUCCGCCAGGGAGCCCCGGCACAGCGUCAUGUCGAGGCAGUCGGUCGGCUCGGUGAAGUCGCGGGCGCUCUCCGCAGGAGGACAGCGCUCGCAGCGCGGGGUGCCGUCGGGGGCCGCGGGCGAGAAGCUCUUCGUGGUCUCCCUCGAGACGCUCGUGAUGAACUCGGAGUGGGGCAGCUUCAAUCUUGUCGACCCGACCUCGGACCAGCAGAUGCGCGUGUCGAUGGUGAAAGGCCCUAACGACACGCGUUGCCUCCGCGUCUUCAAGAGCCAGAGCGUGCAGGAGCCCAGCAUAGAGCUGCGCCCGACGCAGAUGGGAGGAUCGCCGGGCGACCCCGCCGACGGGAACCUGGAGAUCUGCGGGCCCGGCGGCGAGAUCCUGGGCUCCCUGAACUUGCAGUCCACCGGAUCCUUCGUCGUCACCGCCAGAGGCCAGCCACGGCUUUGGCGCACCCUCCCCGCGGCCAUCGGACCUGGACCUCCGCAUCUGCUUGCCGGGGGGCAAGCUCGCGGCCACGGUCGCCUGCGACGACGGCCCGAACACGGAGGCCGCCUCCGUCGAGUUCCGCAUCUUCGAGGGCUCGGACAGCAUGCUGAUCGUGGGCACGGUGAUGGCGGUGCUGCUGCUCUGUUUCGAUGA